GAAAAACAGUGAAGUGUUAUGUUUUGGACACAUAAUGUGAAUUGAUGUACGUUUAACAAUGUGGACGGCAGAACUGAGUUGUAUCUUCAUAUUAUUCGGUGUGUCAGCCGGCGGCGGAGGUUGGGAACCUCUAGGGCAGCCGUACUUCGACAACAGUACGAAGCGCGAAGCCACCGCUGCUGUUGGACAGCCUGCGUACUUACACUGCAAAGUCCGAAACCUGGCUGAUCGAGCGGUAUCCUGGAUUCGAAAACGAGACCUGCACAUUCUCACGGUCGGCGUCCACACGUACAGCAGUGACGCACGUUUUGCCGCGUUACACGCCGACGGCUCCGACGAGUGGACGCUGCGAGUGUCGCCAGCGCAGCCGCGCGACUCCGGCGCCUACGAAUGUCAAGUCUCAACUGAACCUAAAAUCAGUCUCUCCUUUCGACUCACGGUUGUCGUGUCAAAGGCCGAGAUAUUAUCGGGACCCGAGCUGUUCGUCAGGGCCGGUUCAGACAUCAAUCUCACUUGUGUCGCGAAACACGCCCCUGACCCACCGAGCUUUAUUUACUGGUACCGAGGCGAGCAGGUGGUAAAUUACGCACAGCGAGGGGGCAUCAGCGUAGAAACAGAACAGCGGACGAGAACAAGUCGACUCCUCAUAGCAAGGGCCUCACCGCAUGAUUCAGGGAACUACACUUGUGCACCGAGUAGUUCUGAAUCGGCCUCAGUCAUAGUCCACGUGCUGAGUGGGGAAAGACCAGCAGCAAUGCAGAGUUCGGGGUCAACGCCUCCGUCUUUGAACAACGGUAUCCUCGUCACCACGGUUGCAAUCACCACUCUCGGAAGACCACGGGUGCUCCUUCUCUUCAGCCUCCUGAUCAUCAUCACUUACUUAUUUAUCGCCCAUUUAUUAGCCGUCAUAAAAGCAACCAUUACUCUAAAGAAUAAAACGAUUUUUACAAUGUCUUCAAGAUGACCAAUUAGCGUUUACGCGUCUUCCAAUA